CCCUGCGCCUCCGGACGCCUCGGGAUGCUGGCUGCCAUCCUCCAGCUCCUCCUCCUUGGAGGCGCUCUGCCCCAUCCAGACCGGACCAUUUUCUCAAAUCCUGCUUGUGUGAACCCCCCAGCACUGCUUUUGGAAGUGCAGGGAACCUUACAGAGACCCCUGGGCCGGGAAAGCCGCAGCUUCCCUGCCAACUGUUCCUGGGUCAUCCUGGGCAGCAAGGAGCAGACUGUGACAGUCAGGUUCCAGAAACUGCACCUGGCUUGUGGCUCAGAGCGUUUACUCCUGCACUCUCCUCUUCAGCCACUGAUCUCCCUGUGUGAGGCACCUGCCAGCCCUCUGCAGCUGCCAGGGGGCAACGUCACCAUCACCUACAGCUAUGCUGGGGCCAGAGCACCCAUGGGCCAGGGUUUCCUGCUCUCCUACAGCCAAGAUUGGCUGAUGUGCCUGCAGGAAGAGUUCCAGUGCCUGAACCACCGCUGUAUACCCGCCGGCCUGCGCUGUGAUGGGAUUGAUGCCUGCGGUGAUGGCUCUGAUGAAGCAGGUUGCAGCUCAGACCCAUUCUCUGGCCUGACACCUGCCCCCGGCCCCACCCAAUCCUGCAAUCUCACCUUGGAGGACUUCUACGGUGUUUUCUCCUCCCCUGGAUUUUCACACCCACCCUCAGUCUCCUACCCCCAGUCCCCCCAGUCCUGCCUGUGGCUGCUGGACCCCCACGAUGGCCGGCGCCUGGCAGUGCGCUUCACAACCCUGGACUUGGGUGCUGGGGAUGCAGUGCAUGUGUAUGAUGGCCCAGGGCCUCCCGAGACCCCUCGGCUGCUACGCAGUCUAACCCACUUCAGCAAUGGCAAAGCCGUCACUGUGGAGACUCUGUCUGGCCAGGCUGUUGUGACCUACUACACACCUGCUAAGAACAGUGGUCGGGGAUUCAAUGCCACCUACCAUGUGCGGGGAUACUGCUUGCCUUGGGACAGGCCCUGUGGCUUGCGCUCUGGCCUGGGGGCUGGUGAAAACCUAGGGGAGCGCUGCUACAGUGACGCGCAGCGCUGCGAUGGUUCGUGGGAUUGUGCGGACGGCACAGAUGAGGAAAACUGCCCCAGCUGCCCACCUGGACACUUCCCCUGCGGGGCUGCCGGCACCCCUGCUGCCACUGCCUGCUACCUGCCUGCUGACCGCUGCAACUACCAGACGUUCUGCGCCGAUGGAGCAGAUGAGAGACGCUGCCGGCACUGCCAACCCGGCAACUUCCGAUGCCAAGAUGAGAAAUGUGUCUACGAGACAUGGGUGUGCGAUGGGCAGCCAGACUGUGCCGACGGCAGUGAUGAGUGGGAAUGCUCCUACGCCCUGCCCCGCAAGGUCAUCACAGCUGCAGUCAUCGGCAGCCUAGUGUGUGGCCUGCUGCUGGUCAUUGCCCUGGGCUGUACCUGCAAGCUCUAUGCCAUUCGCACCCAGGAAUACAGCAUUUUUGCACCCCUCUCCCGGAUGGAGGCCGAGAUUGUACAACAGCAGGCGCCCCCCUCCUAUGGGCAGCUCAUUGCCCAGGGUGCCAUCCCACCUGUGGAAGACUUCCCUACGGAGAAUCCUAAUGAUAACUCAGUGCUGGGCAACCUGCGUUCACUGCUGCAGAUCUUGCGCCAGGAUAUGACUCCAGGGGGUGCCUCAGGUGGCCGCCGCCGCCAGCGGGGCCGCUCAGUGCGUCGCCUGGUUCGCCGUCUCCGUCGCUGGGGCCUGCUUCCUCGAAUCAACCCUCCAGCUCGGGCCCCUGAGACCAGGCCCCAGGUCACACCUUCCUCUGCUCCCCUAGAGGGUCUGGAUGGCAGCACAGGUCCUGCCUGUGAGGGUGGGGCAGUAGGUGGGCAGGAUGGGGAACAAGCCCCCCCUCUACCCAUCAAGUCCCCCCUCCCAUCUGCCAAUACAACUCCAGCCCUCCCAACUGUCCCUGAGACCCAGGGGCCACUGCCCUCAGCACCUCCAGAGCCAUCACUGUUGUCUGGAGUGGUACAGGCCCUGCGGGGCCACCUCCUGCCCAGCUUGUGGCCCCCAGGAUCAACCUGGACCCCGCCUGGACCCCACACAGCAGUCUUGGCCCCAGAGGAUGAGGACGAUGUGCUGCUGAUGCCACUAGCUGAGCCAGAAGUCUGGGUGGUUGAGGCAGAGGAUGAGCCACUGCUUUCCUGAGGUGACCUGGUUCCCCUGUAGGCUCUAACACAGUGGCAGACCUGCCAGA